AUGAAAUUUCUCUCUGUAUGCCAAAACAUACAUUUCAGUAUAAUUUUAUUUUUGUUACUUGUAUUAAAAAAAUGUGACUCACAAGUUUUCGAGCAGCCGAUAAAAGUAGAUGAGAACCAUCUAGUUCCUCGGGUAGUGAGUGGGUGUCCUGCUAAGCUUGGUGAUGUCCCGUAUCAAGUAGGCUUCAAGACGCUGCAAUCGCGACCGCGUCAUUUAUAUAGGACUUUCUGUGGAGGAGUUAUUAUUGCGCCGAAUAAACUAUUAUCAGCUGCACAUUGUUUUGAAAUUAACAAGAGUGGACGUGAGAAGAAAUCCAUUAUCGUUCCUGAUUACCAGUUGAGUCGGAAGUACGCGGUGGCCGGAAGCCUCGUAAAUAAACAAGUAUAUCGUACGGAUAACUCAGAAGACGGUCAGUGGCGUAAGCUGAAGGAGGCUGUAUAUCCCUCAGAUUUCAUGUUCCCCCAAAACGAUAUAUGCAUCGUGUUUACUAUAGACCCCUUCACCUUCAACGACUAUAUCAGCUCUAUCCCAUAUGCAUCGAAGUAUAAGGAUUACAAAGGGGAAUGUUUGACCUCAGGGUACGGAAAACUGAAUAAACCGUUUUCAGAAAAAAAGUUAAAGUCUGACAAAUUGAUGUUGGCAAAUUUGGCAAUAAUACCAGCAUAUUGGUGCAGCAAGAAACACCGCAAGAACAUGAGACACUUUAUAUGCACAUCAGACAAGGUGACCGACGUUGGUAAGGGUGAUUCUGGCGGUCCUUUAGUAUGUGCCAAGACAGGAGAUCCUAAUGAUAAAGGUGAAGGAAUCGUCGUUGGUAUCGUGAGUGGAAACAAAUUGUACUCAGGUUCAUUUUUCACCAGAGUAUCAUCUUUCUCUAAUUACAUAGACAGAAAUAAUGCCAACAAUUUAUUAUUAUCAGCUAUUGUUUAUAUAUUUCCUGCAAUAAAUAUACUGUGGAUUUGUUUAUUCUGUUUGAGUUUGAUUGUUGUUAUCUCUACUAAUAUUAUAAAGAAACUCUGGAACUAUCUAUUGCAUCGAUUUAAAACAUAUUUCACAAGUAGAAAGCUAUAUAUUUUCUGUGUGAUAAAGAAUCACCAGUACAAUAAGGGGCGGCUCGCUAAAAAACUCCGCUCUAAUAAAACGCUGGUCUUGUGUUAG